CGCGGUCCCAUUUCCGCUCCAACAAGAUGAAAGAAACGAUCAUGAACCAGGAGAAACUCGCCAAACUGCAAGCACAAGUGCGCAUUGGUGGGAAAGGAACUGCUCGCCGAAAGAAGAAGGUGGUUCAUAGAACAGCUACAGCAGAUGAUAAAAAACUUCAGUUCUCCUUAAAGAAGUUAGGGGUAAACAAUAUCUCUGGUAUUGAAGAAGUGAAUAUGUUCACAAACCAAGGAACAGUGAUCCACUUUAACAACCCCAAAGUUCAGGCAUCGCUGGCAGCAAACACUUUCACCAUUACAGGCCAUGCUGAGACAAAGCAGCUGACAGAAAUGCUACCCAGUAUCUUAAACCAACUUGGUGCAGACAGUCUGACUAGUUUAAGAAGACUGGCUGAAGCUCUGCCCAAACAAUCUGUGGAUGGAAAAGCACCACUUGCUACCGGAGAGGAUGAUGAUGAUGAUGAAGUUCCAGAUCUUGUGGAGAAUUUUGAUGAAGCUUCCAAGAAUGAAGCAAACUGAAUUGAGUCAACUUCUGAAGAAGAUAAAACUUAAAGAAGUUACUGGGAGCUGCUAUUUUAUAUUAUGACUGCUUUUUAAAAUUUUGUUCAUGGAUCUGAUAAAAUCUAGAUCUCUAAUAUUUUUAAGCCCAAGCCCCUUGGACACUGCAGCUCUUUUCAGUUUUUGCUUAUACGCAAUUCAUUCUUUGCAGCUUA